CAUCCUCACCAACAGUCAUGCCCCCUGGCGUUCUCCCCAACAGGGAGCGAGAAAUGCUUCACGUUCCCCGUGCCGGCCGUGCCGGAGCAGAGGGGCAGGCUGCACCUUCACCUCACCCUACAAGGCUACGAGGCGAAGGACAGCGAGUCGGUCACCAUCAUGGAAUACCCCAGCCUCGUCUUCGUCCAGACGGAGAAGUCGCUCUAUCUUCCCGGGCAGACCGUCCGGUUCCGGGUCCUCGUGCUCGACGCUGCCCUCAAACCCCUCGACGACCAGGUGAGAGAAGUCUGGGUGGAAGAUCCAUCGGGUACCCAAACAACCCGAUGGAAAGAACCACCCUCCAAGGCCGGAUUCGUGCAGCUCCAAUUCCAGCUUGCUCCAGAGUCAUCUUUCGGGAACUGGAUGAUCAAGGUGGCCGUGAUGGGGAGGAGUCGCGAGGAAGCGAAGCAAUUUGAGGUCUCCAAGUACGUCCUCCCAAAGUUUUCCGUGGACAUCCAAACGCCGAAGGUCUUCUAUGGGGAUGCAUCCACCCUGGACCUCAACGUUUGCGCCAGAUAUACCAACGGCGGAAUAGUGGAAGGCGAGUUGUCACUCAGGGUGGAGCCGAGCAUCUUCCUGUUCGACUACAUCAGGGGGAGUUAUCCGGGAUUUAUGAAGGCAUUCCACAUCAACGUGGAUAAAUACACCCCUGUCAUCCAUCACCGUAUGAAGGGCUGCCACAAGGCCAGCAUCCCGGCGGAGGUCCUGGGGAUGGACGAUCAGGAGCUGGCGCCGUCGGCCGUUAAUAUCACGGCCAUCGUGAGGGAGAAGGGGACGGGCGUCCGGUUCGAGGAAUCCGUGGUCCUCGAUGUUGAAAGGAAUCCCCUGGAUUUAGAUCUUCAUGUCUCCCCGACUCAUUUCAAGCCUGGUUUCGUCUACAAUGGCCUGGUG